AUGGCAGCCCAGGAGUACUAUGACUGUAUCAUUGUGGGGGGAGGAAUUGCUGGUAUCAACGCUGCUUUCCGUUUUCAACAAGCUUUCCCAAAGCUAUCCUAUGCUAUCGUAGAGGGGCGUGACGACAUCGGGGGCACGUGGUCGCUUUUCCAGUACCCAGGGAUUCGCUCGGAUUCGGACCUCUACAUUCUCAGUUUCCCCUGGGACCCGUGGUCCGAAGAUGAAUCUAUUGCUAAAGGAGAGUCUAUCAUGGAAUAUCUGCGAGAUAUUACCAAGAAACAUGACCUCGACAGCAAGAUCAGGCUGGGUUACAAGGUUACCAGCGCAAAUUGGGACUCUGGCACUCAGCAUUGGCGGUUAAAGCCUUACCAAGCACACAUCGAAGGCUUAAGCAGGUUCAAGGGUGAUGUGCUACAUCCUCAAUUUUGGCCCAAGGAUUACAACUAUCAAGGCCGAAAGGUCGUCAUCAUCGGCAGCGGCGCGACUGCCAUCACCAUGCUUCCCGCCAUGCACCAAGAAGCUGGCCACGUCACCAUGCUCCAGCGCAGUCCUGGGUACAUUAUCAGCUUGCCACAGACAGACUGGAUGCGUCGACUGCUCCGCAAAACAUUACCCAAGUCGUGGGCCAUCUCCUUCAUACGCCUACGCUACAUCUUGUCAGCAUAUCUCAUCUUUCUCUUCUGCGAGAUUUUUCCUAUUCUCUCUCGCCGAUAUAUACAGUACUUAGCUCAAAGCCAACUGCCGAAAGAGUUUUCAAUUGACCCUCACUUCGAACCAAAGUACCAUCCAUGGGAUCAGCGGCUCUGCAUUGCCCCGGAUGGGGACUUUUACAGGUGUCUGAGCACCGGAAAGGCGUCCAUCGUGACGUGCGAAAUUAGCACUGUGACUGAAGAUGCUGUUGUUCUGACAUCAGGAGAGUCACUUCCUGCCGACCUCAUUGUUACAGCCACGGGGCUGCGGCUGAAGCUUUUGGGGCAUGUUGAUGUUACGGUUGAUAAUGGCCCGCCUGUCGCGGUGGGCGAUUAUUUCACCUGGAGAGGCUGA